CAUCAGCAACUCCACCAGACCAACAUCAUGAAAUUCGUAGCUCUCGCUCUUGCCCUUCUGCUGGCUGUCGGCUCUCAGGCCGCUCCCCUGCAAGCUGAUCCUCAUACCCAUUUGGCCCAUGCCCGGGCUGCUCUGGAUGUCUACUUGAAUAAUUUGAGGGAAAGUGCCCAGAGAUCACUGCAGGGCCUUGAUGACACUGAAUACAAGGAGCUCAAGACCAGGCUAAGUCAGCGCAUAGAUGAAAUUCACAAUCAGAUUAGUGCUUUGCGGGGUUCUAUUUCCCCUACCACUGACAAUGUUGUCUCUACCAUUGCUGAAGCCACAGCUGACUUCCGUGCCUCUGUCAUUAAUGACAUCGAGACCCUGAAAACUGAGCUUGCGCCCAAACGUGCUAAGCUGAGGGAGGUCAUCAACAAACACUUCGCGGAGUACCACGCCCAGUUGGACCCCAUCUUCAAAGAGUACCAUGACCAGCAUGCAGCUAACCUGGAAGCUCUGAAGACCAAGCUAGAGCCCAUUAUGGAGGAGCUGCGUACCAAGGUGGCUACCAACAUUGAGGAGACCAAGGCUGCCCUGUUGCCCAUUGUGGAGGCUGUGCGUACCAAGCUCACUGAGCGUGUGGAGCAACUGAAGGAAAUUGCCACUCCUUACGUCGAGGAAUACAAGGAGCAGAUGAAGCAGGUCUACGACCAUGCACAAAAUGUCAGCCCCGAUGACCUUGCUGCCCUGAGAACAAAGGUUGCAGCUUCAUUUGAUGGUAUCAAGGAAAAGCUCCAGGAAAUCAGCCAGGCCAUUUCUGCUACCUUCACCCCAAACUAAAUCCUCUCUAUCCUGUCUGAUCUUAAUCCAUUCCAACUUUCUCCAUUCCUUCUUUCUUCACAUGCACACACAGAGCACCUCCCAAAAUGAAGCCAGUGCUUAAAUGAUGCACUUCUUUGCAACAAAAUGGUGGGACUCUUAUUCUCUCUCCCAAGCAAACACCUUGCACAAGCACAUGAAAGCAAAGAAAUACACGGACAUACAUGCUCAGCACACACAUGCUUCACUCAGUGCUUGGCCAACUGCUUACAUUUUGUGUAACAGUUGUACGUGUUGUGCCUGAA